AUGUCUAUGAAAGCUGUUGUUUUCCGUGGCCCAUUCGACAUUGGUGUCGAGCAGAAGCCAAGGCCCCGAAUCGAAGAUGCUACUGAUGCCAUCAUUCGAGUCAAGUUGGCAGGAAUAUGCGGAAGUGAGCUUCACAUGUAUCGAGGCCAUCAACAAACGGGCACCGGUCACAUUAUGGGUCACGAGUUUGUCGGCAUUGUAGAGGAAAUUGGAAAUGAUGUCGCCUUGUUUCGCCCGGGAGAUGAGAUCGUAUCCAUCUUUUCCCCAGUCUGUUUGAAAUGUUGGUUUUGUCGCCAGGGCCUAACAAACCGUUGCGUCAAUGGAGUGGCGUUUGGCACUCAAUUGCUCAACGGUGGUCAAGCCGAAUACGUGCGCGUUCCUUUCGCCGAUGGGACCCUUCAUCAUGUCCCAGACGAACUGGAUCGCCAAUUGCUUAUCAUGAUGUGCGACAUCUUUCCAACGGGAUACUACGGGGCGCAACGUGCUAUUGAGGGACUUCGUACACAAUAUACUUCGAGACUUACAAGCUUCCCAUCUGAGCAAGAUAGCCACGCUAUCUCGUGCGAGUCUUCUAGUUUGAACACAGAGAAGGAGAAACUUCGAGAAUCCACUAUCGUCAUUCUUGGUUGUGGGCCGGUAGGAAUUUGUGCUAUUGCUACUGCUCGCUCAGAGGGGAUCAAGACUGUGUUCGCGAUUGAUAGCGUUCAAGACCGCUUGGAUGAGGCCGCGCAGUUUGGCGCAAUUCCGAUCAUGCUCGGACAGGAAGAUUUGAAAGCUCGAGUGUUUGAGGCAACUGAUAAUAGAGGAGCAGAUGCGUGUGUUGAGGUUGUUGGAAAUAAGGCAGCCUUGCGCUCUGCAUUCGAUCUACUACGGCCAUGCGGUAUUCUGUCAUCAGUGGGGUUCCAUCGAGGAGAGCUACCAUUUACAGCACUUGAGUGCUAUCAAAGUAACAUCACUGUUAAUUUUGGACGCGUCCCUGUCCGUACGGUUUUCGAGGAUGCGUUGCAAUGCUUGGCAGACAACCAGGAAAAGAUGCAGAGUUAUAUUACGCACGAGUUUCCACUGGAUGAUGCGGCUAGAGGGUAUGAGAUACCGUCCGGGUCAAGAAAAGCCCGGGAGCAAGAUGGGCCCCGGGACCUGCUCGGCCGAAUCACCGAGUAUCUCGUCAUCGACCCUUCGGCUUCUUGUCUCGUCCCCGCUCUUCGACAAUUCGACCCGAUACUCCGACUAACGCCGAAUCUGCAGCUCGAAUCACAGCGUGGACGUGAUCGCAGGUUCUACUUGCACAUCGCGGACCAAGGUCUCAGCUCAACACCUCAGCCUAUCUCAAGUGAAAGAGGAACCCUGUUUCUCGGCGAAUCAUUUAGCUUGACGUAUGUCGUUCACGACGUUUUGGCACCCUUCCUCAGUACAGAGUGUGCUCCAAAUUAUCGCAGACGCCUCCAUUUCCCAGUCGAUGAGGGAUUUGACCAAUCCAGUCUAGGCCAACAAAAGAUGGUUGGGGCGCAGAUGAAGCUGCUGCGAAGCAGAGACCUUUUGUUCCAACCAGACCAGAGAGCCUUGGAACAGCUCCUUGCAGGAUACUUUAGGUGGUUUCAUCCCGCGUUUCCCGUGCUCGAAAAAUUCACGUUUUUGCAAAAAUGCAGCAGGAACGAGUUAUCAUUACUUGUGCUGAAUUCUGUUCUCAUGAUUUCUGUCACGGUCUGCGAGGAGGAAGUGCUUGGCCUUCUUGGUGUUCACGACCGCUACAAAGCACGCGAGUUGUUUUACAACCAAGCCCGUGCAUUAUAUGAGACGGACUCUGACCCCGAUAAGCUUAACAACGUGGUAGCUGUUUUCUUGAUCAGUUUCUGGUGGGGUGGCCCUAAUGAUCAGAAAGACUCGUGGCAUUGGCUGGGGAUUGCAAUAAGUUCGGCUCAGAACCUUGGCAUGCACCAGCAGCAAAGUCUCAUAUGUCUAGUCAUCGAGUGCGAAUGUGGAGGCGCAUAUGGUGGUGUUUACGACUCGAUUGGCCGGCCACAGCACUUUUCUAUAUAUGACUGCGACGUGGAAAUGCUAUCACCGCAUGACCUAGAAGGCGAGUUUCAGAGUGAACAAGAGGUCCACUACGCUUGUCAGAUGGCCGGUCUUUCCACUAUCAUGAGUGACAUCAUUGCCUCAAGAUAUGCAGCAGUCAAACCAGAUCAUCCUGCGCAGAAAAAGAUACAGCUCGAGAAAGAACUCGACGAUUUUCGGUUGCAAAUACCCGAAAUUUUGAGAUACACGGGGAUUAAUUCAGACAGCAAAAUAUGUCUAUGGUCAUCAAUGCUGUUGAUGGCAUACAACUUUGGGGUUAUUCUGCUUUGUCGACCCCCGCACAAUAAGGGUUCAGACAUGUCUCAAUUAUGGGGCAAUCAUUCCAAAGCAUUAGCAGCGGCGAAUGAAGUCACUCGGGUGAUCGAGGAUAUUCUAUCACUCUCGAUGGGAAGAGUCUGCCAAAUCCACACAAUUCCUGCACUCUUCAACUCCCUCGCUAUACACGUUUUCAUGAUAUGUACCUCGCGCGCUAUAGGGCGGGAGCUCGCCGAAAAUCGAGCACGUACGUGUAUGCUCGGCCUCACGUCCCUACAGGAAUCCUGGCCUGUUAGUGGGUGGAUUUUGCGGCUGCAGGGCCUCUUCAACGCAGGUAUUCACCCGAGGUCGGGCUCACACUGCUCCCUGAUUCCCCAACUCGAUAAGCCGACCGCAGACACCCCCCUACGCCAGAUGCGUGAUCAUAGAAACAUACCAAACCAGCAGACACAGACCGACACACCUGCCACUGCAAACAUAUUUGAAGAUUUUGACAUAUUUCCGGAGAUGUUUUUCCCCGAUCAGAAUUACGAGGGUCAGGAACUCAGGUCUGUUGCAUUUCUCAGCUACGUGUCUGUGGGGCGAAACGCUGGUCCGUCCCCGUUCAUCAUGGACGAGGCAAGCGCAGUCCGCAUGCCGAAGGCAUGCAGGACAUGCGCCAAGGCAAAGGUUCGCUGUGAGCCCCAGAGUGAAGGCCCUUAUGUCGUCGUCUCAAUAAGGACUGUAGUGGCCAAGCGCCUGGAGCUCACCGACGGCAAAAAAGUAAGCCUGCCAAUGGCCAAAUUAGACCGAAUGGUCGCUUUACUAGCUGCUUCUGAGCGACUUCCUAGAAGUCUCUCAUCAGACGUCGUCUCAUCGCCAGGGUGCUUCUCUGCGACUUCCAGGAGCAUGGAUGCAUCUACGCCAGGAGAUGGAGAAGACCACGCUCUGUUGGAGAAAUAUGCCAAGAUGAUGAUACCCAUGUUCCCUUUCGUUCCAAUACCGCCUCAUAUGACGAUUGAAGAUCUACGUCGUGAAAGGCCAUUUCUACACUUGAACAUCUCAAUGAUCGCCAGCCCGAACCCUGAGCGCCAACGAGAGCUAUCAAAGGCUAUCAAGGAAUAUUUGUCAGACCGUAUCAUCAUGCAGGGGCAGCGGAGUCUAGAUCUUCUUCAAGGGCUGCUUGUCCACCUGGUUUGGUUCAUUUCCGUCUCUCGUAUAUCUCAACAGAACUUCUCUGGUCCGAUUGACGGCCCUGUGUCCGAUUCAAAGCUACCCUCUCAAGGAACUGCUCAACUAGAUGCUUUUCUACAUCUUACUAUGGCACAGGCAAUUAGUUUGGGUUUGAACCAGGAUCCACGCAGCCCGAAGACAAUGAAUCAGCCCAUCGCCUACCUAAGUCAGGCUGACCUCCAUCGGGAUGGAAGUCCGCCUCGUACGAUAGAGGAUCGUCGAACGUUCUUGGGCUGCUACUAUGCAAUGACGAUGUUAUCGGUCUGUGCCAAAGAUAUGGAAUCAUUCCUGUUUACUCAGUACGCGAAUGAGUGCUGCGGGAUAUUGGAAGACUCUCUCGAGUGUCCUACAGACAAAUACGCGGUUCAACUCGUGAGAACCAUGCAUCUUGCCGAGAAUAUCAAUCAGACGAUGACUGUGCGUGAGGUCUCCUCCUCAGUCCCCUCCGCACCGCUUGGUAUGAGCUUGCGAUGGCAUCAAGCCGAGCUUCAAAAGCUGAGAGAUGCUCUCUCGUGUGAGGAGCCACACGCAGCCAUACUAUCCUUUCACUACGAUACGCUUGAGAUGUUACUAUAUCGCAGCUCCCUCAACAACGAAACCUCAGACAACGAAUAUGGCAACUACCCUGUAACACGACUGGAUCUCCUCUAUCGCUGCCUGGAAGCCACGAAAUCCUUCUUUCACCAUUUGUAUACCCUUCCGGCCGUAUAUUUCCGCUUUCUUCCCUUUACAAUAUCCAGCCAAUUCGGGCAAGCAGUCGUCACAUUGUCACAGUUGACCCUUUACCAAGCCGCGAACGGCGCUUGGGAUAGCGCGUAUGUCAAAAACACCAUUGACUUUGACCAGACCGUCGAUAUGCUAGGACAGAAGUUGGACGAGGCUCGAGCUUUGAUCCCAAAAGCAGGCGAGCAGGAUGCAGUGUCCUCUACUGAGCCGCCCGAGAUUUUCCGGAGACUCGCUGCUCGAAUUAAAAUGAUGAAGGCGAUGCAUCGACGCAGACAAGAAGCUCAAGAGAAGGCGCAGGCACAAGAAGCCGUUGAAGAACCGUGUGAUAUCAAUUACAUGUUGAAUUUGCCGGCAGACUUUUUCAUUACUGAUUCUGAUUUUUAUGAUUUUGCGGGGGCUUUCAGUGGUUCCGGUAUGAUGUGA